UCGGCUUCUCCGUCCGUCUCACUCGCUGGACGCCGCGUCGAUCACGCCGCCAACCCAACCACCGCUGCUGCCGCCGUCGCAUCUCGCCGGAGACCGUAUCGAUUCCCACCACCGUCCUCCUCCUCUUCCUCGUCUUCCUCCUCUGCUCCGGGUUGAUAUCAUUCGCAGCUGUGCCUCCAUGCCGCACGUACGGUCGGCCGCUGCGAAUGCGAGAGACAAUGCGCGCCACCACCGUGCCGGCCCCAGCCACAUGGAGAGAGAUUCACCCGACGAGCAGUCGCACUCACAGGCGGUGGGUUUGGGGGCUCAGCCUCACCAGAGCAGGGACGAGCGGUUCGUCUUCCCAUGGAUGGGGAUCCUUGUCAAUGUGCCCACCGAACGGAAGAACGGGCGCCAUGUUGGGGAGAGUGGGAACCGGCUGAAGGAGAGAUUCUCGCAGUUUUCCCCACACAAGGUCGUCCCUCUCUGGAACCGCUGGGGUCACACGGGGAACGCCAUUGUUGAGUUUGCCAAGGACUGGACUGGUUUCGCCAAUGCGAGCGCAUUCGAGAACCACUUUGAGCAAGAAGGGUAUGGCAGAAAGGCAUGGAUGGGGAAGAAGCACCGAGGGUCUGAGAUGUUUGGGUGGGUUGCGAGGGCCGAUGAUUACCAUUCUCUAGGGCCAAUUGGGGAUUAUUUGCGGAAGAAUGGUGACCUGAAGACUGUUGCUGAUCUUGAAAACGAAGGAACAAGAAAGACUGACAAGCUCGUUGCCAAUUUGGCCAGCCAGGUUGAGGUUAAGAACAGGGACGUGGAGGAGCUUGAAUCUAAGUUCAGUGAGACAACCGCAUCACUUGAAAGGGUGAUGGAGCAAAGGGAGAUGCAACUCCAGGCUUACAAUGAAGAAAUCCGCAAGAUACAAGACAUUUCACGCAGACAUUCACAGAUGAUUAUGGAGGAGAAUCAGAAACGGCGUUCAGAUUUUGAGUCCAAGAUGCAAGAACUUGACUCAAGAUCCAAGGAGCUUGAUGCCCUAGCUGCCCAAAGUAACUCUGACAGAAGGAACCUUGAGCUAGAGAAGGAAAAGAACAAUACUAAAGCUAAGCAUCUCAAGAUGGCAACGUUGGAGCAAGAAAGGGCAGAUGAAAGUUUGCUGAAGCUUGUGGAAGAACACAAGAGGGAGAAACAAGCUGCUCUAGAUAAGAUUCUCAAGUUAGAGCAGCAGUUGAAUGCCAAGCAGAAGCUUGAGUUAGAAAUACAACAGCUGCAGGGUAAAUUGGAAGUAAUGAAGCAUAUGCCAGGUGAAGAAGACUCCGAAGCGAGGAGGAAAAUAGAUGAACUCAAUGAAGAGCUAAAAAGUAAGUAUGAUGAUAUGAAUGAAAUGGAGUCACUUAACCAAAUAUUGGUUACCAAGGAAAGACAAAGCAAUGAUGAGCUACAACUUGCCCGGAAGGAGCUGAUAGAUGGCUUCAAAGAGAUUACAGUUGGUCGAACAAAUAUCGGCAUCAAGAGAAUGGGUGAGCUUGAUCUCAAAGCAUUUGCAAAUGCUUGCAAACAGAGAUUUUCAAAAGGGGAUGUAGAUGAAACUGCUGUCAUGCUUUGUUCUCAGUGGGAAGAUGAGAUAAAAAAUCCAGACUGGCACCCUUUUAGGGUUGUCAUGAUUAAGGGAAAAGAGACGGAAAUUGUUUCUGAAGAUGAUGAGAAACUUCGCGAACUUAAAGAAGAGCACGGUGAAACAAUAUAUGCGUUGGUAACACAGGCACUGAAAGAACUUAACGAGUACAAUCCCAGUGGCCGCUAUCCUGUACCAGAGCUGUGGAACUUUAAGGAGGGCAGGAGAGCAACACUCAAAGAAGUCGUCCAAUACGUCCUGAAGCAGUGGAGGACGCACAAGAGGAAGCGUACGCCCUGAGCUCAUUCAUAUGGCUGGGCUAUAUAUACUGUCUUUGCUUUCGUGACCUACAUAUCUGCACCCGUCAUGGUGCUACUAGUUAUCAGUACCGUGUUAAGUGGUGGUGUAACUCUAAUGAUGGGUCGGCUAGUCUGACUAACUGUUGUUUAUUUGUCGGAGUUUAAGCUGGAUUCUCCGGCGUUGUUACAGAGCAUGGACAUAGAUGAAUGGACAUUGUGAAUGCCUUCUAAUUUAAGACUGAACGGUUCGUUCUAUCUAGUGCCUACAUGUUUGCUGUUUUGUAGGUAUGUUGCAGAUGAGAACUUGCAGAAACAA